CUUUCCGUCCGUGUUGACGUCAGGUUCGUCACCGCCUCUCCUCUCCUCGGCUCUUUCCGGCUCUUUCCGUCCGUGUUGAUGUCGGGUUCGUCCCCGCCUCUCCUCCCAGACUGCUUUAUGUCUGGCAGCAGAGACCAUGCGCGGUCGCCAUAUUAUCCGGAGCACCCCUCCCCUCUCAGUAACCGUCACACAGCUACACACACACACAGAGAGCGCCACACAGCAGCAGCAGCAGCAGCGAUGCAGGAGGCUACAUACUGAACUACCGCUGGGGAUGAACCACCAGUGAUACAGCAAAACCCAACAGCACCAACGAGGCAUCCGAGUGGGAUGGAUUAAACCUUUUAUUCAACUCCUUAUAAGGGUGUUUUACAUCGCUGUGCACCGGAUGGAAGGUUGCUCGUUUUAAAUUUAAAUUUCUAACUGACGAAAUUCAGCCGUUAAAAACGUCUCGUCUGUUAUAAGCUAGCCGGUGAUGGAGACUGGCAGCUAGCUAGCUAGCUAACUGACGUUACUCCUCCUGUCAGGCUAGCAUCUACAGCUAACUUACUUAGCAGCAUCUAAAGCUAACUUACUUAGCAGCUAUUCUGCUAUUUAGUGCGUUUAUCAUUUAGAAAAACAUACAAAAUGUUAGCUUGUGCUUAAUUAAAGACACCAACUGGUAGUUAGCCGGUGAAUUAGCAGCUAUCAGCUGUUGCUAAGCUACUCAACCAACGGUUACUAGCUUCUGUUGCUAAGCUACUCAACCAACGGUUACUAGCUUCUGUUGCCUCGCUAACGGCUACUGUCUGACACCCGGAGAAUCGUGUGUGUGAGGAUGCUUGUGUAAAUAUUGGCAACAACUUUUGCCUGAAUAUUUUGAUUUUUUUGUUGAUCGUAGUUGAGUCAAAACGGCGCCGUUAACGAACUGCAACCGUAUUGCGUACUGUCAGAGACCAACUACCCCCCGGAUCCUCCCGAAAUGCAUCAUCAGGACCCCGCAGGAGACUCUGGCAGCAGUGUUAGGAAGAUGGCGCACCCGGUUGUCUUCCACAGGAGGGGUAGCAGCAACAACACCAGUGGCUCCACGGUGUCAACACCGGUGGUCAAUAACAGCCACGUCCCUGCUGAUGAUUACCAACCCUCCCUGUUGAUCCAGUGCCAACCUCCUGCUGGUUCAUCCUCCCCAGGUCCCCAUCACAUCCCACCACCCCAAAGCCUGAAUCUGCAGCCCACACAGUCAACUGGAGCUCAGAUAAAGAAGAAGAGUGGCUUCCAGAUCACAAGUGUGACCCCAGCGCAGAUAUCUGUGAGCACCAACAACAGUAUUGCAGAGGACACAGAGAGCUAUGAUGACCUGGACGAGUCCCACACUGAGGAUCUGUCUUCUUCUGAAAUCCUGGAUGUGUCCCUGUCCCGAGCCAACGACAUCGUGGGAGCAGAGAGGAGCUCUUCGGAGGAGACGUUGAAUAACUUCCACGAGGCGGAGACCCCUGGAGCUGCCUCCCCCAACCAGCCUUCGCACCCCCAUGCCCUGAACCAGCCCGGUGGUGGCAUGGUGAAUGGGACUGUGCACCUUCACCAUCACCCUAACCAUGCCUACCCGCUGUCCUCUGGGCCUGGGAGCACCCCACCUGUCCUCAACUCUGGAGCUUUACCUUGUGUCACCCAGAAAAUGCCUUCUAACGUGGCGGUCCCUCAAGAGAAUGUUUCCCAGGCUGCCCCUCCGCCCGUGGGGGUUGCGGCCCCGGGAUCUGUCCCUGGAAUGCACAGCGCUGCUACGGGCACUACAGUUAGCAUAGUUAAUCCCCAGACCAGCACUGUUAGUAAUGUGAAUAUGUUGAGCUCUGCCAACGUGCCUGCGAGAGGGGGGAUCAGCAUGAGUGCUAGCAGUAGCAGUGGUGGCUUUCCUCUCAAUGUGAUGAGCAGCAGUGGGGGGAGCGGUGGUGCUGUUGCAGCCGGGGGUAACCUUAUAACCACCGCUAAUGUCAGCAUGAUCCAGCAACACCAAAACAUCAACUCCAUGACUGCUCCGACUACUGCUGCUGUCAGUGCCUCUGGAGGGAUCUCCGGUGGGAUCCAGGGAAGAGUUGGAUCUGCUGUGCUGCCACCUGUCACCGCUGUGGCCACAGCCCCCGUACAAUCCGCUCCUACCCCAGCUCCAGCCCCUGCUGUAGCUACCACCAGUUCUCGCUUCAGGGUGGUGAAGUUGGACUCUAGCUCUGAACCCUUUAAGAAGGGCAGAUGGACAUGCACUGAAUUCUAUGACAAGGAGACGCCGGCCUCUGCUCCCAGCUCCUCGACAUCCGACGCCGGGUCUCUCAGCAUGCGUCAGUUUGUCUCUGAGAGCUUCGCUGGGCCCUCAGAGCGGGAAAGCACAAGUGGUAGUUCUGUGAGUAGCACUAUGAGUACAUUGAGCCAUUAUACUGAGAGUGUGUGCAGUGGAGAGGCUGGGGGACCCCUGGUGCCCCAGCAUACCCAGGAUUACGCCUCCCCUCCUCUGGGCUUUCAAGGAAUCCUCCCCAGUGGCUUAAGCAUGUCCCAAUCUCACAUGCACCCCCAGGAUGUUACCCAUUCACAUGUGAAGACUACUGUGGGCCCCUCGGCUCCCGCUAACAUUCAUCAGCCUGCCUCCAUGCCAGGCCACCAGACCGCCAGUGGUCUCCCUGCGUCAGCUUUACCCCAUCAGCAGCUCACUUACGCCCAGGCAGUUGCUAAUCAAUCCUCAGGCUCCACACAGGGCCUAGUGGGUGUUCAGCAGCAGCAGGUAGGCUAUGCCACUAUGCCACAGCAACAACCUGCUAACCCCCAAGCAGCCGCAGUGCAGGUGAGGCCACCUGAGUACACCCAUCCACACCAAGGGAUCCCCCAGGCUUCUCAACCUCUGUCCACCCAAGCUGGAUCAGCUCCCUCUGGAUCAGCUAUGCAGAUGAUGGGAGGCCCGCAGCAGUCGCAGGCACUCCUUCAUACACAGCCCCAGCAGCCCUCCAACCUUCAGGCCACCACCUCUAGUAUGCCCCCUCAUGUUGGAGCACCAGGUCUUGGCCAGCAGCCUCAGAGCCACCCAGGCCAUCUGGAUUGCCAGCAGCAGAAGCCACAGUCCCUUCCAACGCAAAUCCAAAACCAGGGCCUGGGCGCCCAGCUGCCCGCGACAGUCCACCAGAGUCAAGUGUCUGCACCGAGCGUGCCUCCUCCCAACCCUCAAAGCGUUCCCCAGGCCCAGCCUCAAGCCCACAACACUGGGAAUACUGGUAGGAUGCACCCACAGGGUGCUCCACAGAGCCAGCUGUCCCAGGACCACAGCAGCGCUCUGGCCCUGGCUCACGCAGCCCAGGCCAGCGCCCUCUACGCCAGUCUGCCCACCUUCACCACCACUCAGCUGCAGGACGCCCAGCGGCUGCUCCUCCAGCACCAGUCGGCUUUGUUGGGGCUGCCCAAGCUGUCUGGAGGGGAUGUUGGAUUUGGAUCCGGCACUGGCCAGGGUCAAGAAGCUGAGGGCAAUGCCGCCGUCGCCAGUGCCUUAACUGCAUCAGCUGGUCUCAAAACUGUUGAUGGAGAGGACGAUGGUGUGUCCAUGUCUCUUAGAGACAGUACUAAUGGUGAGGCGGUGGAUCUAGGCCAUUCCAGCUCCUGUGUCUCUGGCUGCCUCCCUCUCCCUCCUUCUCUCCCUCUGCCUCUCCCCCAGUGUGUUGAGUAUAGAGCGAGCACUAAGGACUUGCUGCUGUCAGCCCAAAUGCUCCAACAGCACCUCUCCCUCUUACGUACGGAAGCCAAAAUGGCCACUCAUCAUUCCUCCCUUGCCUCUCUGACUGACUCACUCAGUAGCUCUCUGUCAUUCUCCAUAGUCAGGGUGUGACUAUGGAAAACCCACUGCCAGGGCUUACUGGUAAAGUCUGUGUGUGCUGCUUUCCACUAUCAAACUACAGCUCAGCCAAAAGCCUUUACAAUUCAACAAUUCAAUAGGCCUCUUUUUUCAUCGCUGGGACAUGCCAGGCCUCUUUUAUUAACUUGCAUUUCCGCUGAAAACACAGCAGAUGUGAGUGCAGUUCCUCUUCCUGUGAGUAAGAUGCAUUUUGCCAAAAAAGCAGAAAUUUAACCAGAAACAAAAUGCAUAUAUAGGACUUCACUCAUCAUAAUCAAAAGGAGGCCUUUGCAUAGCUGUUAUAAUAAAGCAUGUUUGGAAAGCAGUGCUAGUAUACUAAUAAAUCCCUGUGUCAUGCUUUUAGCUGUUCUACUGAACCGCCUAUUAUCUGGUUAGAUUGCUUUUCUUGUGCAUGAAUUUAUCAUUUGUUAAUGUUUGCAAUGGUAGAUGAAGUGCAUUCAUAUUUGUUUUUAGAAAGUAGGCUUUUGUUUAGUAGAUAACAUGCACUAAUAAA